CUGUGUUUUUACGUCGCCAUAGCAACAUGAUCUGUGAGGACGCUGAGUGUGUAAAUGGCGUCAGAUUGACUGACUUCAACAGUAACUUUCUACAUGAUAUCCAGCUGAACCAUGGGCAACAUGUACCGAGGGUGUAAUAAAACAGAUAACAUACCAACGAUACCAACGAAAUACCAAAGAGCGCUGAUAACAAAUCAAGAAAAGAAAGGGUUUUCAUCUCAAGCUAAGAGAUUCCCUUCACAAGUCUGCCUGAAUGAAAAUCCAGGACCAGGCAGCUAUGGCUGUAUCACCAGCGCUGAAGUCAAAAGUCCUUCCUUCUCAAAGAAAGGCACCGCAGGCUUUGUUGCAUCCAAGGCUGCCAGGGCUUCCAGUAACCCACAGAGAAGCAUCCCAGGACCUAAUGCAUACAACCUGCGGAGCUCCCUCAAAGACAAGUAUGACUUCAACAUUGGAGUCUCCAGGGUGUUCAGGUUGCCUGUGGCUGUGCAGCUGGAUGGUCCAAAGCACAGAACUCCAGCCCCGAAUCAAUAUGAUGUCAGUUGUGGUAGUAGAGAGAGAUUCUCCUCUGUGGUUGGUACAUCAGCUUUCCUGUCAAAAACUGGACGCAACUGUUUUUACCCAAACAAAAAUGUGCCAUCACCAUGCCACUAUGAAGUGAACAACAACGUAAUCCAGUACAGCUCCAAGGCAGUCUUGUCCCCCUUCAAAUCAAAAACCCAGAGAAUCCCUGCUCCAGUGGACAACUGUGUGCCAGGCCCAGGAGCCUACAGUCCCCAUCAGACCCCUGCACCGGUGAAGAAGACCAUCCUGCCGAGGGGAUAUUACUUGGCAAUAUCAGCGCCUCCUCUGAUUGUUCCUAAGGACCCUCCCCUGCCAGGCCCUGGGCAUUAUAACAUAAGGGAUUAUAACGGCCUGCCUAAGCAUCUCAUGCCCACUGCUGCAUUUGCAUCCAGAACUGAAAGAAUACUCCAAAACUCACAGAGCAAUGUGAGGUCAGGGCCAGGUCCAGGUUUCUAUGAUCCUCAAAUGUUGCCAAAGCAGUCCUUCUUUUACAAUGACUCCAGAGUCUGGCUUCCUGUCUGAAGCUUUCAAGGAAACCGGCACUGCAGAUAUGUACAUUUUUCACACACAUGAGCUAUGAUUAGCUGUAUCAAAAUGCUUACAUGCAAGAUAUGUGUCUCUAUGUUUAAAUGUACAUGGGUUCAUGACAUUUUUUUUUUUAGAUCAGUAUUUGUUGAGAAAAAAAAGGAUAAAUAUUAAAUGUUUGCAACCAUUUAGUCUCUAUCUAUAUGUUUAAGCAGUCCAAUGAGAUGUGGGCUGUUUUAUCCAUAGUGGUGAUGUAAGGGAAUGCCAAAAAACUUGAAAAGCCAUAUGUUUUAUCCUCACCUCAAUUUCCUGAUGCUCUAAUCGGGAGAUGAUAUAGCAGUAAGUGUUGCUGCAGUUCCCGACAGCUGCUGGUCCAGUCAGUGGUACGCCACGGUAACAGCUGAGAGCUUGAGAUGACACCAGUGUGCCAACUGCUAGAGGGCAGGCAGCGGGGUGGAGUGCGACUCUGUAUGUGAGCAAUGUGACUGACGGCAGGGAUGGUGUUUAACCCGAAAGACAAAUGGACACAUCAGUCACUCCCUUUCUCAGAUGUUAUAUUGUUGGAACAGUGGCUUUAACAGUGUAAAAAAGGACAAAAUAAAAAUGUGAAUAAUAAAAGGA